AUGCUCCGAGGCCGAUCCCUAUCUGUGACAUCCCUGGGUGGUCUUCCUCGGUGGGAAGCCGGCCUCCCUGUGGAGGAUUUACUGCUCUUUGAAGUUGCUUGGGAAGUGACCAAUAAAGUUGGUGGCAUCUAUACUGUGAUUCAGACAAAGGCCAAAACAACAGCAGAUGAAUGGGGAGACAAUUACUUUCUGCUUGGUCCAUAUUUUGAGCAUAAUAUGAAGACUCAGGUGGAACAAUGUGAACCUGUAAAUGAUGCUGUCAGAAGAGCAGUGGACGUAAUGAACAAACAUGGCUGCCAGGUGCACUUUGGAAGAUGGCUCAUAGAAGGGAGUCCUUACGUGGUGCUCUUUGACAUAGGCUAUUCGGCUUGGAACCUGGACAAGUGGAAAGGUGACCUCUGGGAAGCAUGCAAUGUUGGUAUCCCUUAUCAUGACCAGGAAGCCAAUGAAAUGCUGAUAUUUGGAUCACUAACUGCCUGGUUCUUGAAAGAGGUGACAGAUCAUGCCGAUGGGAAACACAUCAUUGUCCAAUUCCAUGAAUGGCAGGCUGGGACUGGACUGAUUCUUUCUCGAGCUCGGAAACUUCCGAUUGCUACAGUCUUUACCACUCACGCCACACUGCUUGGGAGGUAUCUCUGUGCAGCAAACAUCGAUUUCUACAACCAUCUUGAUAAGUUUAACAUAGACAAAGAGGCUGGGGAAAGGCAGAUUUAUCACCGGUAUUGCAUGGAGCGUGCCUCAGUCCAUUGUGCUCAUGUAUUCACCACUGUUUCUGAAAUAACAGCAAUAGAGGCAGAACACAUGCUGAAGAGAAAGCCUGAUGUAAUUACUCCAAAUGGCUUGAAUGUUAAGAAAUUUUCAGCAGUACAUGAGUUUCAAAAUCUCCAUGCCAUGUACAAGGCCAGGAUCCAAGAUUUUGUUCGAGGUCACUUCUAUGGUCAUCUGGACUUUGAUCUUGAAAAAACGUUGUUCCUCUUCAUUUCUGGGAGGUAUGAGUUUUCAAACAAAGGAGCUGACAUCUUCCUAGAAUCCUUAUCCAGGCUAAAUUUCCUGCUGAGGGUGCAUAAAAGUGACGUCACCGUGGUGGUGUUUUUCAUUAUGCCUGCCAAGACAAAUAAUUUCAAUGUGGAAACCCUGAAAGGCCAGGCAGUGCGAAAACAGCUAUGGGACACUGCACAUUCUGUGAAGGAAAAGUUUGGAAAGAAACUGUAUGAUGCAUUAUUAAGAGGAGAAAUUCCUGACAUGAACAAUAUUUUGGAUCGAGACGAUCUGACAAUUAUGAAAAGAGCCAUCUUUUCAACUCAGCGGCAAUCUUUGCCCCCGGUGACGACUCACAACAUGAUUGAUGACUCCACCGAUCCCAUCCUCAGCACCAUUAGAAGGAUCGGCCUUUUCAACAGCCGUACAGACAGAGUCAAGUUGAUUUUGCACCCAGAGUUCCUAUCCUCCACCAGCCCCUUAUUACCCAUGGAUUAUGAAGAGUUUGUUCGAGGUUGUCAUCUUGGAGUAUUUCCAUCAUACUAUGAACCCUGGGGUUAUACUCCAGCCGAAUGCACUGUGAUGGGUAUCCCCAGUGUGACCACCAACCUCUCUGGCUUUGGCUGUUUCAUGCAGGAGCAUGUGGCUGAUCCCACUGCCUAUGGUAUUUACAUCGUUGACAGGCGAUUCCGCUCACUGGAUGAUUCUUGCAAUCAGCUGACUCAGUUUCUCUAUGGAUUUUGCAAACAGUCACGCCGCCAGAGGAUUAUUCAGAGGAACCGAACUGAGAGGCUUUCAGACCUUCUGGAUUGGAGAUACUUAGGCAGAUAUUACCAGCAUGCCAGGCAUCUGACAUUAAGCAGAGCUUUUCCAGAUAAAUUCCACACGGAAAACACAUCGCCACCCAUGACAGAAGGGUUUAAAUAUCCCAGGCCUUCCUCAGUACCACCUUCUCCUUCAGGAUCUCAGGUCUCUAGUCCUCAGAGCAGCGAUGUGGAGGAUGAGAAUGAGGAUGAAAGAUACGAUGAGGAAGAGGAGGCUGAAAGGGAUCGGUUAAAUAUCAAGUCACCAUUGUCUCUGAAUCACGUUCCUCGUGGGAAGAAGAAGCUGCAUGGCGAAUACAAGAACUGA